UUCUACUUUCAAGGUUUUUGAAGAUUUUAAGGUUAGUAAGUGCAAAAAUCAAUUUGAAGCUCACUAAUGGAUGUUUAUAUAUUUGAUUCCUUGUAUUGUUAUUAUUUUUGGAUGGAAACACAAUCCAAUCCAAUCCAAACCAUGAAAACCCCACUAAAACAUAUAGUUGUUGUUGUUGUCUUUGAAUGAUACGUUUGUUGAGAGAGAGAGAGAGACUGAGAUUUUGUUUAGGUAGACCCAAAUUGGUUGUCUUUUGUCCCAAACCUUAUUGAGAUUUGAGUAGCUUUGAACACCCACCACUCCAUCAAAUCCAAGUCUCCUAAAAGAGAGCAGGAGAGACAGAGAUAAAGACCAUUACUCUUGGACCCCAUGAACUUCCAUUCUUUCAUGACCCUCUUCAAUCUUCUUUAGACACACAGACUUCACUUUCUACUCUCUCCCUCUCUCUUUUAGCUAGAGAUAGAGAGUUGUAUAUGCACCUGAUAAUGGCUGAUCAAGGUGGCAGUAGUAGUAGCAGUGUAAUGAGGGACUACAGGAAAGGGAACUGGACAGUGAGUGAAACAAUGGUGUUAAUAGAAGCAAAGAAGAUGGAUGAUGAGAGAAGAAUGAAGAGAAGUACUGGAGAGAGUAGUGCUGAAGCAGGAAGAUCAAGCAAGCCAACAGAGUUGAGAUGGAAGUGGGUUGAGGAUUACUGUUGGAGGAAAGGGUGUUUGAGGAGCCAAAACCAAUGCAAUGACAAGUGGGACAAUCUCAUGAGGGAUUACAAGAAAGUGAGAGAUUAUGAGAGAAGAAGAAUAGCUGAAAGAUCAGGAGGAGGAGGAGGAGAUGGAAAUACUACUGUUAGAUCAGUUGAAGGGUCUUAUUGGGAACUUGAGAAGAAUGAGAGGAAAGAAAAGAACUUGCCUAGCAAUAUGCUGCCUCAGAUAUUUCAGGCUUUGGAGGAGGUGGUGGAGAAGAAAGGAACUCAUCACAAGAUUGCUAAUGUUGGGGGUGGUGGUGGUGGGUCAUUAGCUUCUAUUCCUAACAUUGGUUAUGCUGUUCAACCCUUAUUUCCUCCUCUAUUGCAACAUCAUCAAGUCUCAGGUUCUAUUCCAUUGUUACCCCUACCACCUCCACCUCCUCCACCACCAUCCCAACAACCACCAAUGGCACAACCAGCUGCUCCUCUCUCUUAUCAGCCUCAUCUAACAUUGCCCACAGUAGGCUCAGAUACUGAUACAAGUGACUAUUCGGACUCACCGGCAAAGAGAAGGAGAAGAGGAAGAGGAGGUAGUGGUGCUGGUGGAGAGGGAACAAGUGGGACUGCAAAUACAAGCUCAUCAAAUCAUGAAGUGGGAAGUGCAAUCUACAAAAGUGGUUCCAUAAUAGCAGAAGCACUUCAGGGUUGUGAUGAGAGACAAGAAAGAAGGCAUAGAGACCUCCUUAGUCUCCAUGAAAGAAGACUCAAGAUUGAAGAAACCAAGACUGAGAUCAACAGGCAAGGCAUUAACGGCUUAGUUGAUGCCAUCAACAAGCUUGCUAAUUCAAUCCUUACUUUGGUUUCCCAUAGCAAGAACCAAUCAUCUUCAAAAUGAUCAUAAUAUUCAUCAUAGACCAAUUAGAAACUCUCCAUUAAUUAAUCCCCAAAUCCCAUUUGGGUAAUUGUAAAUAAUUCUCCAUUUUGAGCUUCAAUUCUUAUGAUUAGGAGUUGUGCCAUUUAGGCUAUUCGAUGUAACAUAAA